UUCGAAAACACACAUCAAUACCUAACAAUGACAUUCUUAGUAUAGGAGUUUCCAAUUUUUUGACACUUGACAGGUGUAUUUUUAAUAAUACUUUUCUCUCUAAAUGCACUUAAAUUAUAAUUGUUUUAUUGUCAGUUUAUUAAAAGACCAAACUUAGAAAAUAUGGGAAAAUUUUUCAAUUGGAAAUUAGUUUUAUUAAUAACCACAUUACAAGUUGUUGCUGAACACAGGAUAAAGGAUUUAAUUUACACAUCAAUUGAUAAUGUAGCAGCUUGUUUUCGUAGGCACAAUGGUACCCACCAGUUUGGUUGUUCUUCAAGUAGAUCUGGAAGUAUAGGGGCAAUUCACUUUGUUGAAAACGAAUUGGACUUGAAAUGGCUGGAGAACAAUGCUACUGCCGAUCCUUACGUUGCUGUAGUGCCGUUUUCCAUGUUUACGAAAGAUACCUUAUUUCGAUUGAAAGAGACGAACAAGGUGAACGGUGUUCUUAUGACUAAUAUGACCAAGAGUCGGCCUCCGUCUUAUUCGCCCGAGGACACUUGCCCCAAUCGAUACUCCAGUGCAAGACCGUGCAAUGACACUAAACCUUGGAAUCCUCAUGGUUCUGGUCUUUUAAUGGAGGACUGGCCCUUCCCAAUGUUUUUCAUGGAAGAUGAAAAAGCACUGGAGGAAAUUAGAGCGUGUUAUGUAAAGCACAAUGCUCACGAUUUGGAAACUCAAAAGCAACGGUCGCUUUGUGCCUUGGAAUUGAAAUCCUUCAUGUACGCUGCAGUUGACACGAGAACUUGCUUGAGACGAAACGCACUAGCCAAUAUACAUUCCAUACAGUUUUGUAAACCUCUAGGAGAUAAAAGUAUUCACUGGUCGUUGACACCAGUAGUCGAAGAAACAGAUUCCAUAAUAUUAGUUACAGCCAGAUUAGAUUCGAAUUCAAUGUUUGAUGGACUGGUUCCGGGUGCACGCAGCACAAUCACAGGAUUGGUCACCUUCCUCGCUACUGCCUUUUAUGUGAAUUCGUUACAAAUCAACGCAACCAAAACGACCGUUAUGUUUUCUCUUUUAAACGGAGAGGCUUACGACUACAUUGGCUCGAGUAGAAUGGUUUACGAUUUAAAAGAGGGCAACUUUAAAGCAUAUACUGGAAAAAGUGUAAACUUGAGCCAAAUUUCUACAGUCAUUGAACUCGGACAAUUGAGUUCUGGAAAACUAUUUUUGCACACGAGUAAUUCCGAGGACAGUGCGAUUGCAUUAAGUUUGAAAAAUUCUUUAGAAGCUACAGUUUUGAAAGACAGUGUUCCUCCUGUGUCUGUGCAAACAUUUCUAAAGGCAAAUUCAUCUCUGCCCACUAUCGUCAUAGCAGAAUAUGGUCAAGAAUUCACAAACAAUUACUAUCAUAGUAUCUUGGACGACACGAAGAACUUCGAUGAUAAAAAGAGUCUUACUGGUAAUUUAGCCAAAGUGGCGGUCGGUCUUGGUAAUACACUUUACAAAAGUAUUACUGGAAAGGAGGCGCCAAAGAAUGAGAAAAAUGUCCAAGAUCUUAUUUCCUACAUGCUGUCCUGUUAUUUGGACAAUGCAAAUUGUUCCCUCUUCACUGCAGCCACUUCGCCAGGAUACGUGAUUGCUAAUCACACCAUGCCAUUAUACAUUAGUGUCAAGAGCUAUAGUAACAUGGCUACAUACCUAACUUCCCAGCUGAUGAUUCUUCUCACAGGGGAAGAAAUUCCCGAAUUAAAUUCUACUUCUUGCUAUAAAAAACACUAUGUUUGGAUGAAGGGCGAAAAACACAAUUCUACUGGAAUUUGCAUGAAUUCUACCGUUUACUUUACAUCAGCCGUCAGUCCUGCAUUUAUCAUUGAAGGAUAUGACAUGACUUCUGGUGUCUACUCCACGUGGUCUGAAUCAAUUUGGGAUUCUUUAAGUGUCAGAAUGUUUUUAAAACCUUCGGCAGCAACCGAACGACUCAGCUUAAUUUUAGGAAGCUCAAUAUCAAUUCUCGCCUUCAUUGUGGUUUGGUUUGUCAACUCUCGAUCUAAAAUCAUCUUUAAUUCAAGCACUGCGGACCUGUAGAAUCACGCUGCAGACCACAUAGCAAUGAAGAGCCUGCAUCAUCAACAAGGAAACAGAUUUCCAAUAACUAGCUUAUGAAGUGUGUGGUCGCCCUCGGAAGAAGUACACUUUAAAUGAACUUAAUGUUUCUGCAUUAUUGUGAAAAAUGUGGAGAAAAACUAUUUAUUUUAAGUUAGAAAAUUUUUAAUUAGGACGGAAUAGAAACUGGAAUCUAUGUUUAAUAAUCUUUUCUGUGAAUGAAUUAAACUUUCGUUCGUAUUCUAUAAUUCACUUUUUAUAGUAUUAAUAUUUUUUGAGAGAUUACUUUUUAAAGUUUAAAAUUUUUUUUUGUAAACAAAAUAUUUUGUUUUUAAGAAUGUCUGUCUUGUACGAUUGUAGUGGUACUAUGACCGCAUCAAGAAAGUAAGAGAAAUAGGAUGAAUUUUUACACUAGACUGAAACAAUGUAAAAAAUUAGAUAGAGAACACGCAGGAUGUUAUUUAUUACCAUAUUUUUAAAAGUAAAUUAAUAAUUUGGAAUUAUUUAAACAUAGAUAAAUUAAAUUCACAAAUUCUCUUUUUUAGAGAAGGAGAAAAUACAUGAAAUUGUUUUUGUAAUUUUAAAAUAACUUGGGUUAUUUUCAUAUCAAUUGCUAAACAAAAUUAACUAUAAGUUUAAACAUACAAAUAGGUAUUUCAUUAUAAAAAAAGCAUUGAAUUUUAAACUUUCUUACAAUUUGUAAUAUUCAUAUUUUCGAAUGAUUAAUUAACAAAAUAAAAAUUGUUUUAAUACAUUGA